AUGGCUACCUCGACUGUCCCCAAGACCUGCAAGGUCAUCACGGCUGAGACUAUCGCCAAGGGUUACCUUGGUGAGGUCAAGGACACACUGGCCAAGAUCCAAGGCGAGAACCCUUGCACUCCCACACUGGCUGCUUUCCUCGCCAACGGUGAUCCCGCUGCCGUAAAGUACGCUGAGUGGUCCAAGAAGACUUGUGAAGAGAACGGAUUCAACUUUGACCUCCGGACUGUGGACAAGGAGCUUCUCGAGGAGGAGAUCAUGAAGGCCAAUGAAGACGACGAUGUCGACGGCAUGAUUGUCUACUACCCUAUCUUCCCCAACAACCCAUCUCACGACAAGUACAUCCAGGAGUCGGUUGACCUUGGAAAGGACGUUGAGGGUCUUCGACACAAGCACAUCCACAACAUGUACCACAACAUUCGCUUCAUUGACCCUCCUGAGAACCGCAAGAAGUCCAUCCUUCCUUGCACUCCUCUCGCUGUUGUCAAGAUCCUUGAGUACUUGCAGAUCUACAACCCCAUCCUGGCUUCCGGGAACCGACUUUUCGGAAAGACUAUCACUGUCAUUAACAGAUCCGAGGUCAACGGCCGACCUCUCGCUGCCCUCCUCGCCAACGAUGGCGCCACCGUUUACUCUGUCGAUGUCACUGGUGUCCAGAUCUUCACCCGAGGAGAGGGCAUCAAGAAGGCCCGCCAUCAGGUCGAGGACAAGGAGGGUUGGAAACUCGAGGACUGCCUUCCCCUCAGUGACGUUGUCAUCGGAGGAGUUCCCGUCGAGUCUUUCAAGGUGCCCACCGAGCUCAUCCGCGAUGGUGCUGUCUGCAUCAACUUCUCCUCGUACAGAAACUUUGAUGGUCCCGCCAUUAAGGAGAAGGCCUCCAUUUACGUGCCAUCCGUCGGCAAGGUUACCAUUGCUAUCCUCUUGAGAAACUUGGUUCGCCUUAUUGCCAACCGGCCCUCCAAGGAUGAGUCACAGAAGAGCGUCGAGGCCCGAGCCGAGGCUUUCGCUGAUGACUAA